AUGGCCAGUGCUAGUAACGUCGUUAGCAUUCAAAUGAACACGACGUUCACGUUUGAACUCAUCGCUGACGACACGACCUGGUUGGCCAUGAAGAUUCUGAUGUUUGGUGUCACCCCGACCAUCUCCUUGUUCGGCAUCGUCGGCAACAUCUUCAGCCUGCACAUCCUCACCAAGCACGGGCUCCAGAAGUGCUCCAACAUCCUGCUGGUGACCUUGGCCUUCUCGGACAUCAUGUUCCUCAUCGGCUUCAACAGCGUGCCGAAGAUUCUCUACCAGGCUGCAUGGGACCACGAGUACCGUGGUCUGUCUGAACUCGAAACGAGAAUUCUAUUUGCACUGUUCUGCGUAUUCACAGUAUUCGACUACACAUUCGGUCAGAUGGGUCUGAUUCUACCCAUGCUCAUAACCUUUGAAAGACUAGUGGUUAUUUUCUUACCUCUUUCUUUCAAUAGAAUCAUCACCCCGCCCAGAACAUGGCUGACAGUUUUCGGUUUAUUUCUUUAUUCGUUAUCAAUUUUUAUCUAUUCCAGUUUUUGGUCAGACAUCACCAUCUACUACGACUCUAUAACUAACGUAUCCAUAGAAACGAUUGGAAUGUCAGAAUAUUUUUACCAAAAUGUUGAUGCUGCCACUGCUCUUGAAGAAUUCAUGGUUUAUUCCUGCAUGAUUAUACCCCAGUGGGUCACGGCAUUUGGGUGUGUUGUUAUUUUCAUAAAAAUAAAGCUCAGCUCCAUCCGCAGGAAAAAUUUGACCAAGAAGUUUGUUUCCACCACCCGCACAACCAAGAUGUUGCUGUCGGUGUGCUGUGUGUACAUCGUGUCGUCAUCCAUACUCUCGCUACCAAACUACAUCCCCCAAUACGCCUCGUACUCUCUAACAGACGACACGCAGGGUAAUAUCAACAAGGUUGUCUAUCAACUUAUCAACACGGUUGUGUGCAUCAACAGUUCUAGUAAUUUCAUCGUUUACGUCGUGCUCAAUAAGAAUUUCAGAACUACUUUUCUACAGCUGUUUCACUGGCUUUAG